GUGUAUUAAUAUAUUUUUUUCGUUCUUGAGUGUGAAUAAGGGUUUUAUUAAUAGUGCAUGUUUGUUUUAUGUAAAUACUUGACAAGUGUGUUUCAUUUUCAGGCACCAAGUGUUGUAGGAUGUUCCAUAAAAAAGAAGCCAGAACUUUACAAGUUCAUGAUGGAGAUCUGGGCACUUUACCAUAACCUUAAAUACGAAUCCACAGAAGAAAAGGAACCUCAAAUAAUAUUCUACAAUUUUAAAAAUGAAGUUCUGAAGGUGAUAAAAAUAGGGGGCAGGACAGCAGAUGAAAUUAGCAAUAUCUUGGAUGAAGCCAGAUUCUACAAGAAAUCACAGAAAGGAGAGGAGGUGCCUAAGGAAUUCCAGCACCUGCCACUAAAAGCACCUCGGGAUGAGUUGUGAACAUGUAAAACCUGUGUAACCCUAAACUGGCACAAACGCUAAAGGAUUCACUCAGAUAAAAAUAAUCAUUGUGGGAAGAAGAACCUUGCUGUCAUCUUCAUUUUUAUAAAAACAUUUGUAGAUCAACUUAAUUUCAGUUUUAUCUCUUAUUGUGGGGAAAUCUGACAAAACAAAUAAAUAUAUAACAAAUAAAAAAAUAAAUUUUCAGGCAUCAAGUGUUGUAGGAUAUUCCAUAAAAUUGUGCCAGAAAAAUUUCUAGCCCAAGCAACCAUUAUAUAGUAUUGAUUAUAUUUUGUUUUUUCAGAGGGUGUCAGGGAAGUCUGAGAAGGGAGGGACACAGGGAGUGGUAACAGAAAUGGUGGAGAGAUACUGUACAAGCUGGAAACAACCUGUAUCUCAGAUGGGGGGGCUUAAAUAUCACCACUAUCUUCAGAUUCUG